CGCGUUAGCCGCGAUCUGACGUUACUUUAAACCUCGGGCAACGUGAUCGAUCAGCGGAGCUGGGCCUCGUGUCUCAUGUGGAGUCGUGCAAAGUCAAACUCCUCGCGAGGAAGGUUGCGUCUGUAAAAAGCAUCACGUACCAAAGCCAGCCGGCAAUCAUGACUAUCGUGACUCUUUUAAGCCGCAACGUGAACUUGAAUCGGCUGUCGAAGCUGCGACCGUCUAUUUACGAACAGAAUGCGCGACUCUUCGCGUCGCACGUCAAGUUCGCCGAGCACAAGCCGUUGGAGAAGCUCAGGAACAUCGGCAUAUCGGCCCACAUCGAUUCCGGUAAAACCACGUUGACCGAGCGUAUCCUGUAUUACACCGGCAGAAUAUCCGAGAUGCACGAGGUGAGAGGAAGAGAUAACGUGGGUGCAACGAUGGACAGCAUGGAAUUGGAAAGGCAAAGAGGCAUCACUAUCCAGUCCGCUGCCACGUACACAUUGUGGAAAGAUCACAAUAUCAAUAUCAUCGAUACGCCGGGGCACGUGGACUUCACGGUGGAGGUCGAGAGAGCACUGCGAGUCUUGGACGGUGCUAUCCUUGUCCUCUGCGCCGUGGGUGGCGUCCAGUCGCAGACUCUGACUGUGAAUCGGCAGAUGAAGAGAUACGAGGUGCCUUGCCUAGCGUUUAUCAAUAAGCUGGACAGAAUGGGCGCGAAUCCGAAGAGGGUCCUGCAGCAGAUGAGAAGCAAACUGCAUCACAAUGCUGCGUUCAUACAGUUGCCGAUUGGCCUGGAGGGUAACACGAAGGGCAUAGUUGAUAUAAUUGCGCAAAAGGCGCUUUACUUCGAAGGGAAUUUUGGGGAUGCCGUCAGGGAAGACGAAAUUCCAAAGGACAUGAACGCAGAGGUGAAUGAAAAGCGGCAGGAAUUAAUCGAGCACUUGAGCAAUGCGGACGACACAUUUGGCGAAUUGUACUUGAACGAUGCGGAAAUAACUGAGAAAGAUAUUAUGGCUGCCGUACGUAGGAGCUGCUUGAAAAGGAAGUUCACACCCGUGCUAGUUGGCACUGCGUUAAAGAAUAAGGGAGUUCAGCCAUUAUUAGAUGCGGUAAUAAACUACUUGCCAAAUCCAGGAGAAGUAGAGAAUUUUGCCUUUCAAGAAAAAUCUGAGGGUGAACAUGCUAAAGUUUUACUGGAUCCUAGUCGCGAUGAUAAAAAAUCUUUUGUUGGACUGGCAUUCAAGUUGGAGGCUGGUAGAUACGGUCAGUUAACAUAUUUCCGUUGUUACCAAGGAAUGUUAAAAAAGUCGGAUACUUUAUAUAACACAAGAACACGAAAGAAGGUACGAGCUCAAAAAUUAGUUCGACUUCAUGCAGACCAAAUGGAAGAUGUUACAGAGGUUUAUGCGGGAGAUAUUUUUGCUUUAUUUGGCAUAGACUGUGCGUCCGGUGAUACUUUUGUCAAAGAAUCCAAACUGGAUUUGUCGAUGGAAUCAAUUUACAUUCCCGAUCCCGUGGUGUCUAUGUCUGUACAACCGAAGCUUUCAAAAGAUCGAGAUAAUUUCGCUAAAGGUAUUAACCGAUUCACUAAGGAAGACCCGACUUUGCGUUUCCACUACGAUACAGAUAAUAAGGAGAGCAUAGUUUCUGGUAUGGGCGAAUUGCACUUGGAAAUUUACGCGCAAAGAUUAGAACGCGAAUAUAAUUGCCCGGUCAUUCUUGGAAAGCCAAAAGUUUCUUUCCGCGAGACCUUAUGCGAACCUUGCGAGUUUGACUAUCUUCAUAAAAAGCAGUCUGGUGGUGCUGGCCAGUAUGGUCGCGUGAUUGGAAUUAUAGAGCCUUUGCCGCCUCACAAAAAUACAAACAUCGAAUUUUCGGAUGAAACUGUCGGAACCAACGUCCCGAAACAAUACAUCCCGGGUGUAGAGAGAGGCUUCAGGUCGAUGUGUGAAAAAGGUCUGCUCAGUGGUCACAAAAUCGCUGGGAUUAAGUUUAGAAUACUCGAUGGUAUGCACCAUUGCGUCGACUCCUCGGAAUUUGCCUUCUUCCAAGCCGCGCAAGGUGCUGUUAGGGAUGUUUUCGAAGCCGGUAGCUGGCGAAUUUUGGAGCCGGUUAUGUUGGUCGAAAUAGUGGGCCCGCAGGAAUUUCAGGGUACAGUAUUGGGACAAGUCAACAGGAGGAAAGGACUUAUAAGCUUGACGGAGGUGAUAGACGAAUGGUUCACAAUCGUUGCAGAGGUGCCGCUUAACGAGAUGUUCGGUUACUCUAGUGAAUUGAGAUCAACCACGCAAGGCAAAGGAGAGUUUACCAUGGAAUACGCAAGGUACAGCCCUUGCCUACCGGACGUGCAGGACCAAUUAAUUAGACAGUAUCAAGAAUCGCAGGGAAUAGUGACUGAAAAAUCUCAGAAAUCGAAGAAUUAACUGUAGAACGGGAAAGUAAACAUUUCUUGUUUUCUUAGUGAAAUUGCGCAAUAUUAUCAUGAAUGCUGUAAGUGCAUUAUGACAAUAUGUGCCCCGUUUAUAUUAUAUUUAAUACACCUGACGUAAACUGAUAAUGAGUAAUUACUAGUAAUAGUAAUUAAUGAUUAACAGUAAGCGGACGAACACACAAAAUUCGUAUACUUGACAAACGUAUACGAAUGUAUCGAAUGAGAUGUAAAUAUUAGUCCACGUCCGAAAAUGUGUGAUACGAAGUAUAAAAUAAAUAUAUAGAAAGUAAUUUCUAUCCGCGCGCGCGUGUAUAGUGAAAAAUA